UUUCUUUUUCCGGUCUUCUGAGCGCUAACACAAGGCAGCAGACAUGGCGUACCGCGGCGCGCCAGGCCCGAAAGUACAGAAAGUGAUGGUGCAGCCCAUCAACCUCAUUUUCAGAUAUCUCCAGAAUAGGUCACGAAUCCAGGUGUGGCUUUAUGAGCAAGUGAACAUGCGUAUAGAAGGCUGCAUCAUUGGUUUUGAUGAAUAUAUGAAUUUAGUACUGGAUGAUGCAGAGGAAAUUCACAUGAAAACAAAGUAUCGUAAACCUCUUGGUCGCAUCAUGUUAAAAGGAGACAACAUCACAUUGCUUCAGAGUGUCAUAAAUUAACCUCACUGGUUGUUGUGUAGAAAACCUCACCAGUCUGAGUGUUUGGUUCUUUUUGUUUUUUUUGUUUUGUUUUUUUAAUACUAUGUGGAAUGUUCAAAAGCAAUUUUGUUUUAGGAGAUCUUAUAAUAUAGACUGUUAAUUGUGUUGUGCUACUGAGAACUUUUAGUAGCUUUCAAUAAAUGUCUUUUUUGAUAAAUA